AUGGCCACAGCUGGUCCCCCAGCCGCCGCGGGCCGUUGGAGCUGUGGCUCGCGGCUGCCGGCGUCCCUAGCCACCCCGCAGGGCCGCGCUCCCCACCGGAAGCCGGGCAGCGGAGGGGCCGCGCGCCCGCCUCCUUCCUCUGGGACGCGGCCUUCUCGGCCUCAGCGAUCUCUUCGACGACUGCACGCGCCGGAAGCGGGCCUGGGCGAAGGCGGGGACUUCCCGCUCGCCGCGGCCUGCGACCUGCUGCCCAUCACGUUCGCCGGGCAGAACCGGGAUCUGGGCGAGGCAGCCCCCGACCGCGGUCCCGCCCGUCCCGGGGCCGGGCGGGCGGCGCUGUUGGGGCGGCGGGCGGCCGGGCGACGUGAGCGCGUGGCCGGCAGACGGGGCCGGGUCCAGUGGGCGUGCAAGCCCCGGGCGAAAAAAUUCAUUUGCAAAUUGCCCGACAAAGGUAAAAAGAUCUUGGAUACCGUUGCCAAACUGAAAGCUGCCAUCGCUGAACGUGAAGCGGAUAGAGGAAAGCGUGAACUGUUUUAUCCUAUUAGUUUAGAUUUUGAGCUAAGGGAAAAGGCUGCUGCAGGAGUUGAUGUGGACAUCGAUAAGACCCAGAAUUCUGAAGAGAUACUUGAUGCUUCAUUAGUGUUGAGCUGUUCCCGUGUUGAUAAAAUCAAGUUAUCCAAAACAGCUUCAGAAGAGCAGGGACUUGUGCAUCCUCCUCACGAAGAAAGGCAAGAGACUCCCCAGGCCACAUCUGCAGUGAGCUGGCACCCACCUUCCAGCAGCAGGGCCGGGACCCUUUCCCCAGCCAAGACGACAGAGCACCUCCCACAGCUCUGUGUUUCAGGUCACACGGAAGAUAUUUCCGGCGGUUUGAACAACCUGCUUAUUGACAAGUUGCAGAGGAUCACGAUUGCAGAGCAAGGUGCACACCACUCAGGAGCAAGUGCUAAGGCCACACAGGGACUCGGUAGCACCCCUCCCAGGAGGCCUCACUACAUGGAAGUGCUGGAAAUGCGAGCCAAGAACCCAGUGUCCCCACCACACAAGUUUAAGACCAACAUGUUACCCUCACAGCGUGGCAGCUCAGCUGGUCUCUGUCAGAGGGGAGAGUCUCCCAUCUCCUCAGAGGAGCGGCGGCGCAGGGACAAGCAGCACCUGGAUGACGUCACAGCGGCACGGCUUCUGCCGCUGCACCACCUGCCCUCACAACUGCUGACCAUAGAAGAGUCCUUGGCACUUCAGCGACAGCAGAAACAGAAUUAUGAGGAAAUGCAAGCGAAGCUCGCAGCACAAAAGCUUGCAGAAAGACUGAACAUUAAAAUGCAGAGUUACAACCCGGAAGGGGAGCCUGCAGGGAGGUACCGAGAGGUCAGGGACGAAGAUGACGCGCUGUGCUCUGAUGACGAUGAGUGCUGAAGGUGGCGUCGCGUGACCUCCCCAGCCUCCCGGGGUUGGGGCGUCGUCACCCUGCCUCAGACUUUCUAACAAGUAUCGAGAUCAUCAGUGGCGGACAUCGUUGAGGGAAGCU